AUGUUGCCAUCACUUUUUACCUCAUCGCUCGUGGCUCUGCUAGCUAUGGCUGGCAGAGCUCACAGUAAGGCAGUUUUUGCUCAUUAUAUGAUGGCCGGAGCAACACAGGCGCACCUACAACAAGAUAUCGACGAUGCGAUGGGUGCAGGAUUUGAUGGUUUCGCCCUCAACAUCGGUGAUCCCACAGGAAGCUGGAUGACAACACCAUUAGCUCAGCUUUUCAAAUAUGCCGAGACGAAAGGGUUCAAACUAUUUUUCAGUAUGGAUCUUUACGCCGCUGCGAAUGCGUGUUCCGGGGGUAGCUCUGGCUCCUGUGGAGGACCCAACAGUUACUUUCCAUUGCUACAAAAGUAUCUGGGUAGCUCUGCAUGGGCUAGAGGAAAGAAUGGACUACCGAUGAUAUCAACAUUCUCGUCAGCAGGUUGGGAAAAACCAGAAUGGACAGCCUGGAGGGCGACUCUAGCGGGCCAGAUGUAUUUUAUACCCGAUUUUGAUGAGACAGAAGGCUAUUACCAAGCCGCAACAGGGUGGUGGGAUUACUGGGGUAGCAACGUCGAAGGAGUAUUCAGCUGGGAUUCAGCUUGGCCUUCUGGAAUCGCUGGAAGUCUUUCUGAAGGUGAUAUUUCAGUGGAUAAAACGGUUAUGGCAGGUGCUUCUGCUCGUGGAAAAGGUUAUAUGAUGCCCGUCAGUAGUUUACAAUACAAGAAUGCUUAUGGAGGUAACUGGUAUCGGGCAGGCAAUCUCAACUUGCCCACCAGAAUGAAGAAUAUUCUAGACAUGGCAACUCCACCUGAAUAUGUCGAAUUUAUAACAUGGAACGAUGGACCCGAAUCACACUACAUAGGCAACAUUUGGCCUGAAGCGAACGGCGACGAAGCGGCGGGGAAAUACGCAUCACAAGCCUCAGCUCCCCACAAAGCCUGGCUUCCCGUAAUAUCCUCCUUCAUCACAGCCUACAAAUCUUCUUUGCCUUCCACCUCUGCAGUUCCACCUUCGUCUGCAGCUGCAGUAGGCGCGAUGUGGUACUCCACCAUUCUCAAAACAGCCUCUUGUCCCUCGGACACCAAGCCUGGUGGCUUUUCGCUUGCAAAAGAUCAGAUUAACUGGAGUAUCGUCUUGCCCAAAAAUGCGAACGGAUACACCGUCUCUUUCACGAGCGGCUCUACGCAAUUAGCCUCAGCGAAUUUAGUACCUGGGUUUAACUAUGGUGCCACGAGCACCAUCAAGGCGGGAGCGCAGAAGAUGGUUCUCAAGGACGGAUCAGGAAAGACGCUUCUUACGGCGGCUAGCACGAGAGAUGUGAGUUCUGGGUGUCCUGAUGGGAUUUACAACUUGAACCCGCAGGUUGUGGGUUUGAAGUAG